AUGCCUUUGUGGGGGUCGAAAUCCAGCCAGGAGAGCGACAAUGCCGCGCUAGAAAGCGAUCCCAAGAACGACCCCGUUGCGUCGGCGUCUCAGGCCGCGGGGACCGGAUGGCUGGUCGGACAUUUGAACCAUCUCACCGAGGAUCAGGAGAAGAAGCUGCAGGAGUUUAAGAAACUAUGCGAAGAAAAUGGAUACUACAAAUCCGCGAGUGACACGGAGGAGGCGAGCCAUGACGAUGCGACAAUGCUGCGGUUCCUGCGCGCCCGCAAAUUCGACGUGAAUGGUGCUUGGGGCCAAUUCAAGGACACCGAGGACUGGCGCAAGGAGAAUGCCAUCGAGUCUCUGUACGAGAAUAUCGAUGUGGAGUCGUAUGACGCCGCGAGGAGGAUGUACCCUCAAUGGACAGGUCGUCGGGACCGCCGCGGUAUCCCCGUUUACGUGUUCGAGAUCCGGCACCUGAACAGCAAGAACAUGGCCGCUUAUAACUCCACCAUGACCGAUCCCUCUGCGACGGCGGAAACGCACAAGUCCUCCACGGUGCCGCAGCGUCUCUUGCGUCUCUUUGCCCUCUACGAGAACCUCCUCCGUUUUGUCAUGCCCUUGUGCUCCCAGUUGUCCCGCCCGCAUCCCGAUACGCCCAUUGUGAGUUCGAACAACAUUGUCGAUGUCAGCGGUGUUGGUUUGAAGCAGUUCUGGAACUUGAAGGGUCACAUGCAGGACGCGAGCGUUCUGGCUACGGCGCAUUACCCGGAGACCCUGGACCGCAUUUUCAUCAUCGGAGCUCCUUCCUUCUUCCCAACCGUCUGGGGCUGGAUUAAGCGCUGGUUUGACCCCGUCACUACCUCUAAGAUCUUCAUCCUCUCCUCCGCCGAGGUCCUGCCUACCCUUAGUUCUUUCAUGGACCCGACCACUAUCCCUAAGCAGUACGGCGGCCAGCUAGACUGGCAAUGGGGCGACAUGCCCAACCUUGACGACGAGGCCCGGAAGCUUGUGGGCGGGCUGGAGACUCCUCCCGCCGAAGGAGAGAGCAAGCCCAGUUUCAUCAAGGGCCCUGUCCUGUUCAAGGGGGACCAUGUCGAGGUGCUGGGUAAGGUGAACGGCGAGAGCCGCAAGAGCAGCGUUCCUGUGCCGGUAGCGCAAGCAGCUGCGUCGACCUCCGCCUCGGAGGAGCAGAAGUCGGACGAUGCUCUCGCCGCCGAGGUCAACGAGAAGCUCGACCUGCAGAAUGGCGCCACCGAGAAGACCGGCAACGGAGACGUCGCUGCUUAACUGUCUUUCCAUUCUACAUGAUGGUUCUUU